GCUCUGUGCGACUCUCACAUCAUGCUAGGAGAUCCCUGCAGUCUCCCCACAGACCGAGCUCUACUCAGCCAGCCCCCCAAAACUGGGCUCCGCUGCAAAAUGGUGCUUCAGGCCGUCAGCAGAGUGCUCAGAAAGUCUAAAGCAAAGCCAAAUGGCAAGAAGCCUGCUGCAGAGGAGAAGAAGAUGUACCUGGAGCCGGAGCAUACCAAGUCCAGGAUCACCGACUUCGAGUUCAAGGAGCUGGUGGUGCUUCCCCGGGAGAUCGAUCUCAAUGAGUGGCUGGCCAGCAACACAACGACGUUUUUCCACCACAUCAACCUGCAGUAUAGCACAAUCUCAGAAUUUUGCACAGGGGAGAUGUGUCAGACGAUGGCCGUGCGUAACACACAGUACUACUGGUAUGACGAGAGGGGCAAGAAGGUCAAGUGCACAGCUCCCCAGUACGUGGACUUCGUCAUGAGCUCUGUACAGAAGCUGGUGACGGACGAGGAUGUGUUCCCUACGAAAUACGGCAGAGAAUUCCCCAGCUCCUUCGAGUCCCUGGUGAAGAAGAUCUGCAAGUACCUGUUCCAUGUGCUGGGCCACAUCUACUGGGCCCACUUCAAGGAGACGCUGGCCCUCGAGCUGCACGGACACUUGAACACUCUGUACGUCCACUUCAUCCUCUUCGCCCGCGAGUUCAACCUGCUCGACCCCAAAGAGACCGCCAUCAUGGACGACCUCACGGAGGUGUUGUGCAGCGUCCCCGGAGGAGGCGGCGCUGGGGACGGGGCCGGCGGCGGGGCCCCUGGGGCACAGAACCACGUCAAGGAGAGAUGAGGCCCCGGGGCCGGACAGGGUGCACAUGUGCGAAGAGACAGCUGUGUCUGCGUCUGCGUCUGCGCACACCGGGCACACUGGUGGCGAGGCCACAGGCCCCGAGCCGCGCCGAGCGUGGGCCCGCCGAUGCGCUGUGGCCACGGCGUCUCCUGCCUUCCCUGUUGGAUGGAUGAGUGUGGUGGGUAGCGAAGAGCCUUGGGAGUCAUUCAUUCAUUCAACACCCAUGUAUCGGACUGAAUUUCCUUCUGUGGGGUUUUCCUGUUGGGUCUUCCACGUGGCCCUCCUUCCCUGGCCCCUCCCUUGGGUGCUCUGCCGCUUUGAAAGAAACGGUGGGGGGGCUGUAGCUCCAGGUUCCACUCUGCUUUGGUUCCAGCCCCGCCCCCACUUUGCCUUCAUUCUAGCUGUGGGUGGCUCAGAGUCUGGGAUGGGGAGGCCUGGGGUAACCCGGGAAGGCCCACACCUCCUGUUUGCUCCUGCCACCCUUUCCUGCUGCCUCUAAAAUACCCAGGGAGGGCCUGCCGUGCAAAGGGCCAGCACGGGGCCGGGACAGGCCAAGGCCCUGUGUGGAGGUGCAGCUGUCAGCAGAAGGCCGAGAUCCGCUUUAGUUCAUCUGUUCAGUCGUAAUAAAAA